GUUAGGAACAGCCUCCUCCUCGCCCCGAUGCCGACUGCGUCCACGGCUCAGAUCUUGGGCAACAACGAGUCCAUUGAGCCCUACACCAGCAACAUCUACACCCGCAGAGUCCUCUCCGGAGAGUUCCAGAUCGUCAACCCCCACUUGCUGAAGGACCUGACGGAACGGGGCCUGUGGAGCGAGGAGAUGAAGAACCAGAUCAUCGGCUACAACGGUUCCAUCCAGAACAUUCCCGAGAUUCCAGAGGACCUGAAGCAGCUCUACAAGACCGUCUGGGAGAUCUCCCAGAAGACCGUGCUCAAGAUGGCCGCGGACCGAGGGGCUUUCAUCGACCAGAGCCAGUCCCUGAACAUCCACAUCGCAGAGCCCAACUACGGCAAACUGACCAGCAUGCACUUCUAUGGGUGGAAGCAG